CGGGUGGCGGUAACAUUUGACAGCUGUGUUGCGAAAAAUAUAUUAAAAUUUGCCUAAAAAUAAGGAAAACAUAUGCGUGCAGCAGAAUCAGCCGGAACAUCGUAAAAUUCUGCCAGAACCUUGCCUCCAAGGAGCUCCGCGAUGUCCACCGACGAGGCCCCACGCAAUCUAACCGCGUUCAAGCGUUACAAAACCGACGAGGAAGGCCGGAAGACGUUCACCUCGAUCGAGCAGAUCAAAACGGAAGCCUCGAUCGAACGGUUCUAUGACAGGUAUGAACAGCUGGCGGCGCUGGAUUCGUCGCUGCCUCGAUUGACCCGGACGGAACAUGCACGAUAUUUGGAAACUUCGUUGGAGCGAUUGUCCUCGGGUUACGAGUGUCUGGAUAGUAGCAGACCCUGGUUGGUCUAUUGGAUCAUGAACGCGGCCUCGGUUCUUGGGGUGCGGUUCAACGACGGACUGCUCAAUCGGGUGGUGGACUUUUUGAUCAAGUGUCGCAGCCCGGAAUUGGGUGGGUUCGCCGGAGGACCGGGACAGGAUCCGCAUUUGGCACCGACUUAUGCCGCGGUCAAUGCUCUUUGCAUUAUUGGCACGGAGAAGGCGUUGAAUGCCAUCAACAGAAGAACACUGAAGCGAUUCUUGGCGGCGGUUCGUGAACCAAACGGUGCCUUCCGGAUGCACGUCGGUGGGGAGUUGGAUGUCCGUGGCGCUUACUGUGCUAUUUCGUCGGCCAAGUUGGCGGCCUUUUCGGCGGAGGACGAAGCUAAAUUGUUUGAGGGUACUGCCAGCUGGAUCGCCGAAUGUCAGACGUACGAGGGAGGUUUUGGAGGAGCACCGGAUUUGGAAGCCCACGGAGGGUACUCGUUUUGCGCGGCCGCGGCUCUAGCCAUUUUGGGCGGUGAGGAAAAAUGUAACCUGCCGGCACUGCUCCGGUGGGCCGUUAAUCGACAAAUGGCUUUCGAAGGCGGCUUUCAGGGACGUACGAACAAGCUGGUGGACGGAUGUUACUCUUUUUGGCAGGGAGCACUCAUCCCGGUGAUCCAGAGUCUAAUGGCACGCCAACAAGGACGGCCCGAAAUCAUGGAAACCGCCCUCUUCAACCGUUUUGCCCUUCAGGAGUACGUCCUAAUCUGUUGCCAAAGACCGUCCGGCGGAUUGAUCGACAAACCGGGAAAACCCGCAGAUCUCUACCACACCUGCUACACCCUAAGCGGCAUCUCCGUGGCCCAACACUGCGAAACGUCCCGUCCCCCACUAAUCUUCGGACACGCAGACAACGAGCUGCUACCGACCCAUCCGGUCCAUAAUAUCCCCCCAAAAGCGGUCCUCGAUGCUUACAAAUACUUCCUGAAGCACGAACUGAUCGAGGCCGAACACCAGGAAGCAUUCUGCAACGGAAAUGGAACGGCCACGACGACCUCCCAAGAAGACGUUGAAAUGAAGGAGCGCGAUGGAAGCAGAUCACGCUCGGAAACCCCCGGCCGUGACACCGAAUCGAUGUCCACGGAUGGAACCGAAUCAUCCACGGAACUGUCGAGCGAAACCGGCUCGGAACGAAGCUCGGAGGAAAGAUCGUAGGGAGGAAAAUGUACUUGAAAUUGCUAGAUUGGAUCGCUUUUUUCGACUUUACACCAUACUCUUUUGUAAAUUAAUAGUGCAGUAAAGAGCAAAGCUAUUUUUCUAAACCUCA